CGCCACCGUCACUGUGUAGCGGCUGGCUCCAACAACGGAGUGAAAGUAAACCAAUAAUUGGACGAUAACAAUUGGAGUGAUAUGUUGUCUGCGAAUAAAUCUUUGUACAUAAAAAUAGACGACUAAUUAUGUAACGCUUCUUACUCAGAAGUGAAAGUGGAGCAUCAGUUGUUGCUGAUUCAUCAUGUCAGACCUGUCAAAGAUGGACGUGGUGAUGGAUUCCCAAAGAAGUGUGACUGAUGAAGACAAUUCACAACAUGUGAACAAUGAUGUUUCAAAAACGGACUUAUGCGAUGGAAAACAGGAACCGUCUUCUGCGUCAGAAAAGUGUGACACCACAAAAGGCUGUGGGCCAACUGAGAACACACAAGAUGAUGUAGAAUCACAAGACUUGAUGGACUGUGGGCCUGCAUGUGGGCCUGCAUGUGGGCCCGCAUGUGGGCUGGAUGAAUCUGCCCCUGAAGGUAGUGUAAGUAACCAAGCUCAGACACACUCCUCUAAUGGACAGAUAUCCAAGAGGCCCAAUUCACCUGCUCCUCACCCGGUUGAAUCAACGUGUCCCACUGAAGACACCCCAGAUCCAAAGCCCCUCCCCUCUCUUAGCCUUCCCGAGAAGGGUGGAAAUAUGUCCACUGACGUAGAGAUGCUGAGUCCAGACAGCCCUGUCUGUGAAACUAAGCUCACAAAUAACUCUGCUGACAAGGACCAUGACAGCAGUGUUUGCGGGGAGGAGUCUGGUUUUGGAAAGGCUCAGGUAAAGGAAUCUGAACUUUCUGUCAAAGACUCUGAUUCUGGAUGUUCGGCAACAGAAAGCGUCCAACCGGCUGCCAUGGCUGCUCAGGAUGCAGAGGUAGCAGAGGUAGCAGAGUGCAGUGCUUCUUCUGAUAUGAGCCAGGAACUAACGGGAGCACAGUCAGCUGAGAUUUUGGAAAAGGACCCUCAAGUAUGGCUGGGGACCCACAUAAAUGAGCUGAACAGAAUGCCCCAGUGCGCCCCUCCUCUGAAUCACCUCAAAGCAGCCCAUAACCACACUAUCACAAUCAGGACGGACCGCCUCCGAGAGGGAGAGCUCCCUGUCCCUCACCCUAGCAAGUUUAGAGAUGCAUGGGAUGAUGCGUCUGUGAAGAUGCCCUGCUCGGAGAAGAAUCUCUUUCCAGUGGACACCGAGGAUGGAGGUUUCCAAAGUCGCUGGGAGCUGAUCCAGACUGCCUUGCGCAGGGGGUUCAAAAGUUGUCUGGAUGUGAGGGAUGCAAUAGUGCAAUACAACACGUUCCAUGCGAAGAAAUGGGACUUCACUGCGCUGAACCUGCUUUGCACAGAGCAUUGUGGCGAUGAAGCGGUAAAACUGCUGUUUGAAACCACACUACCUGCUAUGGUUGACCUGGCACUCAGUGCUCCUCGCCUCUGCACGAUGCCAAUCCCCUUACUGAAGUCACAGGUGAACCGAUCCCUGACUCUGUCUCAGGAGCAGAUAGCCUGUCUUCUGGCCAACGCCUUCUUCUGCACGUUCCCCCGGCGCAACUCCCGCAAGUCAGAGUACGGCAAUUACCCUGAGAUCAACUUCUACAGGUUAUUUGAAAGCUCUUCAAUGAGGAAAAUAGAGAAAUUGAAAACUCUGCUGUGUUACUUCAGGAAAGUCGGAGAGACAAAGCCUAAGGGUCUUGUUACAUUCACAAGACAAACACUGCACAGUUCUCCAAACUGGGAAAGUUCCCAGACUCAGCUAACGCGCCUACAUAUCACCUGUAAGGGAACCAUUGAGGAUGAUGGAUAUGGGAUGCUGCAGGUGGACUUUGCAAACAGGUUUGUAGGAGGAGGAGUAACGGGACAUGGACUGGUCCAGGAAGAGAUCAGGUUCAUCAUCAACCCUGAACUUAUCGUCUCUCGCCUCUUUACUGAAGCUUUGGAAUACAAUGAAUGCCUCAUCAUCACAGGCACAGAACAGUACAGUAAAUAUUCUGGCUAUGCUGAGAGUUACCGAUGGAAGGAAAGCUGCAAGGAUGAGAUUCCCAGGGAUGACUGGCAGAGAAAAUGUACAGAAAUCGUGGCCAUCGAUGCUCUUAGAUUCAGGCACUUCCUGGAGCAGUUUCUCCCUGAGAAGAUGACAAGAGAACUCAACAAGGCAUACUGUGGAUUCUUCAGAAACACAACAAACAGAAAGCACCUCUCUGCAGUGGCAACAGGCAACUGGGGAUGUGGAGCAUUUGGAGGAGACACACGGCUCAAAGCUCUGAUUCAGUUGAUGGCGGCAGCAGAGGCGGGGAGAGAUGUUGCGUAUUUCACGUUUGGAGAUGAUGUGCUGAUGAGCGAUGUCCAUAAAAUGCACAAUUUCCUCACCGAGAGACACGUCACCGUCGGGAGCCUGUACACCCUUUUGAACCAGUACUCCAGUCUGGAGUGUAAGAAUUGCCGCACGACUCGCCCUGAUGUCAGCCUCUACGAUUUCAUCUACAACAAGAUCUCUUCCCCUGCGACAGCAGAUGCCCCGGACUCUGCUAAGGAUUCUGGGAUGUCCCCCGCGACUUCAGACUCUCAUUAACGCUUCAUAGAGCUAUGACUUAACCUCCCUCCCCGUCUCCACCUGUCAAAGAGACUCCAGGUUCCGACACCUCAAUGUGCUCUCAGCCUUGUUCCUUACAAUAAUUUUUUUCUCUCUCACACAUUUCUCCCUUUAAGUUUGUGACCCCAACACACAAACUACCAAAACACAGUUUUGCCUUUCUUAUCGGUGGUAAUAUAGGAGCCUUGUAGUAUGUCACCAAAUAAGGGUGAGCUGUUUCGGAGACUCAUAGCAAUAGUAAAUCCUGGUUGCUGUCAGGCCUUUCUUAGUCUAAAUGUGAUGUUGAAUUUGUUUUUAUUUUUGCAUCCUGAUUACACAUAUAUGGCCAAAUGUUCAUCAUAUGCAUGAAAUGUUUCCUUAGUCAUACUCCAGGACAUGAUAAUCCUCACAUGCUUCUUUUUUUGGGAUGAGUCUUCUCUAUUUUCUAAACCCAGGCUGCGAUGAGGUUCCUGAAUGCAGCGCGAUGAUGAGAUGCCAUACUAGACUAUGCAUGGGUAACAUUUAUUUAUCAAAUAUUCUACAUAUACCUGCUGCUCUUUUUAUUGCUUUUAGGACGUCAAUGCUCAACACACACAUAUUGUCCUUGAGGCUUAUUAUAAAUAUCAAUAAAAUGGUAAAUAUUAUGAGAGUCAUUUCAGAUGAAAGAGAAAGAAGAAAAUGUUUGGUAAUGUUCAUCUUAGACCAUUAAUACUUUUUUCAGUUAUGAUUUUCUAUUUAUUCAGCAUUUAGCACAGUAUUUCUACUGUAUGCAAAUAAAAAGGGGGGGGCAAAUAUGAGAGAAUUGCACGCAAAUCUUAUUUUUCUUAAUGUUUUGACUCAACAUGAACUUUGGGGAUUUUGUUUUUAUGAUUUACUGCUAUUUUCUGAUUUCUGGGGACUAUUUAAUAAAGGGUUCCUAGGUAGAUUUAAAGCUGUAAAUGUAUUACAUAUUAAUGAACUUUGGUAGUUUUUGGUUGUACUCUUUUUAUUAUAAUUUCAUAAUUAAACUAUAUCCUGUUAAAUUUGUAUUUCUCUGCUCAUAUCAAUUAGAUUAACAUUUACUUGAUUUCAGUGCAAAACAAUCAAAAGCUCAGCGAAUCAAUUUAACGAGAAACUGUUCAUUUGUUGGAAAGCCGUUUUUCAUUUAACUCACACAUUUCGAUGUCAACCAAAAAUGUAAGAUGUAAAAUUAUAUUACUAACAAAAUAACACGUCAAUAAAAUAUUGGAGACAGGAGCUACAUUUAUAGGAAUUCAAAUUAAUACAGAAAACAUUAAAGCUUCUUUGAGGAA